AAGACAGCAUAAACAAGACUAAAAAGUUUUUCAAAAUUUCAGUUGUAAACGCCCCGCGAGAAAUGCCAGGCAGCAAUGAAUUUAUGCAGCUUUGUAAGGCAAUGUUUACGCAUCCCAUGAGGUUCGUCUGCUCGGCCACGAUACCGGAAUACCUGAGCAAGAAGUAUCGCAAUCGGAUAAUAAAGCCCGAGGAUCCCUACAGUAUUUUCCAGUUAAUUACUCAAAACAGCACCUAUCUGCUGGUCUUUCAAUUCCAGGACAUUUCCGAGUGCCGUAACAUCCAGCUCAACGAUCUGCACACCCUCGAUUGCGAGAAUCACAGGAGUCAAACAAGUACUUUGUUUUUUGGUUUUAGCCAUCGCAUGUGCUACAACUAUACGAUGGAACUAACCGCGGACCUUCAGAGGCACUGUGGCGCGGAUGACUUGGAACUAAAUGAGCAGUCGGGUUACUAUUACACCAAUCAGGACGUAAACUUCGAUAUGAGCUUAUCCACAAAUGCCGGACGUUUGCUGGAAUCCCCAGCACUCGUACUGUAUCUGAUAAUAUCACUCGUACUCCUCGCCCUUCUGCGAUGGAAGGCACCUUGAUUGUAUGGC